AUGUCUUUGCUGAAGGUCUUGCGCUUACUGAGAAGAAACAUCAACAAGCAUAAUUUAAAAUUCAUUGUUGUAUUAGUCAGAGAUGAUGAGGAAGGGUACAACAUUGAAAUGGUUGACCAGGAUCCAAAGCCUGUGUCAAGUUAUCAUAGUGCAGACUGGUAUGAUCAGGAGGAGCCCAUAACAUUGCACAGGAAAUUGUCCAAAGCUGCAUCGCUCACAAAGGCUGUCAUAAGUGGCAAAAAUGAACCUCAUAGGCAGGCUUCAGGUUUGUCACUAUGUGAGAAGUCAAACUUUAACGAAGCAGAGCAGCUCGAAGACAUGUAUUUGGAGGACAUACUGGCAGCCUCAAAACAGAAAAAACAAUCCGCCCCGGAGCAGCAGAAUAUUCGGAGGGCCAUGGGAUUUUGGAAACUGAUGUGCCAUGACCUCAAGGUGUGGUACCGAAGAUGGAGGGUAAAAGAAAAGGAGUCUCUGAUCUUCAAGUCAUACAUAAAGAAGAUGGAAAGUAACUUUGGUUCAGCUAUCGGUUCGCUGUUUGUAUUCAUGCGUUGGGUGAUUGUACUGGACUUCUGGAUGGCAGGGAUGUGGCUCGGUUUUGUUGUAUUUCCCACAGCUGUGUUCUUUAAUUACGAUGCCAUUGAGGGGAGCUUCGCCUUCAAAAACCUGCUUGAUGGGAAGGGAGUAUUGGCCCAGAUGUGGUUUUUUUAUGGCUCGUAUGACCUCGAUAUUCCUGGCUACAAUGUCAGCUUGGUCUACCUGUUCAUGUGUCUGCUCACAUACUUUGGCAGUUUCUUUGUCAUCCUCAGCAGUCUCCGCCAGGGGUCUGGAAGUAGAAGGCGUGAGCAAGAUAAGCGAUUCAAGUUUAACCUGCUACUUUGGACAUCCUGGGAUCACUCCAUCACGUCCGAGGAGGCAUCCAUCAACUUGUCAAAAGGAAUUACCAGUGUUUUGAAGGACAACUUGUAUGAAGUUAAAGCCACACAGGACGUAAAACAGUGGAGCCGGAAGGAGAAAUGCAAGAUCUAUUGUCUGCGAAUCCUGGCUUGGCUAAUUACCAUAAUCCUGAUAGGCGGUGGUUGUGCGCUCAUUGUGUUUCUCGUUGUCUUCAUGACCUUCGAUGAAAUGGUGUCAAAUACAGGUGGUAAAAAUGAAUCCAACUUUCUCAGCAUCUAUGGGACCACCAUUGUGUUCAGCCUCAUAAACAUCAUUGUGCCAGUUUGUAUUCGACAGCUUCCAAAGAUGGAGCAUUACCUGCACGGAAAAGUCGAGUUAAACAUCACCCUCACACGAAUCUUCUUCCUGCGAACGGCCAACUUGUUUGCAUUGAUUACAUCACUGUAUGAGACUAUUACGUUAACAGUAAAAGGCUGUGCUGGAACCAUUCUUGGGCAGGAAAUGUACAAGGUCGUCAUCAUGGACACCAUUCUGCAUACAGUGACACAGUUGUCAGUAACAUUCGGCAAGUACCUAUGGACAAAACAGAAGACUGAGUUUGACAUCUCCUCUGCAGUCCUGGUGCUUGUGUAUAGACAGGCUCUAGUGUGGGUUGGUACUGUGGCCUGCCCUGUGAUGCCACUGGUAGGAUUGCUAUCAAACUUAAUCUUCAUGGCCGUGAACUAUACAGUUGUCUCCUACACAUGUAAACCCCCAAUAAAACGCUGGAACCAGUCAAGAAACACAGCAUUUUUCUCCUAUUUCCUCCUCGCCAGUGUGGUUCUACUCAUUCUGCCAUUCUCCGUCAUCAUAGGCAGUUCAGAAGUAGUGAAUCUAGGUCACACGGAGCUACCUGACUCCUUCUGCGGCCCCUGGGGCGCGGACAAGCCAACCAGGUCCUAUACAAAUUUCUGGGAACAGCAGGUGCCCUGGUUACAGGCCACUCUGAAAUACCUCGUUUCGGAGAUUGUGCUGAUACCCGCUUUCUUCGUUUUGUUAUCAAUACUGUUUCACCUGAACCAGCGGAUUGGCCUCGAAAAACAGCAGAAUGUCAUAAUUCAUACUGAAUUGCAACAGGAAAGAGAAGAGAAUGAAAAACUACUGAAGAAGUUACAGAGUAUGGGGGUAGCUGUAGAGAGACUUUGACUCGUGUUGACCUUGGACGUGAAUAAGAACAAAAAGAAAAUAUUGAAAUGAUGUUGAGACACUGUGUUGACUUCAGAUGUGAAUAAUACUAGUAAAUGUAGGUGUUGAAUAUAUAACAAAGUAUGGGAGUACAAGUGUUGAGACUGUGUUA